UACAUCACGCAAUCCUCACACAGCGUUCUUGUCAUCUAGUACUGAUGCGUAAUCUAACAUCGCUGCGUUUACCUGAUUGAUCUAAUGUUAGACGUGUUUUGAUCGAAGUGUAUUCAUUUAGAUAUCGGAGAAAAAAAAUAGUGCUGUAUAUUCGUCGAUUUCUUCAUUCAGGUCUCACGAUCGCGAGAAUAAACGGCUUUAUUCUGUCAGAUGUUUAAUGUUCUUUCGGUGUCGGUGAACGGAUGGUCGCUUCCGCUUUUCUGUUUCUUUUAAGUGAUUUUAUUUUGGCUUUAUAUUUGAAAGAAUCACGCACUGCUUCGGGAGUUUCCCACAGGUGUGUGACGUCACGGCGAAACAUUGUAUCAACGCCGCAACAGUGUUUCCGAGUCCGCGGGUUUCCCGGGAAACUGCGCUACUUUAACUCUGGCCCCCUGGAAUGCGACUUCUGCGAACAAAAACGAGCGCAGUUGGGCUAGUUCUGGACUGUUUUGGGAAGCAGUUGAUCGGGUUUUGUUGUGGAAAGCUGGCAACCCUUACUGAUCCCGCAGCUGAUUUCACAAUAUCCUCUUGCACACACGCUAUUGUCAUAUUAACUGCGAUUACAGUUGUGCUUUGUCAGCUUGACCUCAAUGGCACUGCUGUUCGGGAAAACGAAAGCUUAAAUGUUCCGAAACCAAUCAGCUGGGCUGUAGUAUCAGAUGGUAAUAUCUGAACACAUGCUGUGGGACUAUAGUAUAGUAACUCAUGGUUGGGUGUGUGGUGAAGUUCUGGUGAAUCUAUAGAGUCAUCAUGCAGAGUACGGCGAACUAUCUGUGGAUGAUGAAUGACCUGCUGGGUCAGGGAGCCACGGCCAACGUUUACCGCGGCAGACACAAGAAAACCGGCGACCUCUAUGCGGUCAAAGUGUUCAAUAACCUGAGCUUCCUGCGUCCGCUGGACGUCCAGAUGAGAGAGUUCGAGGUGCUGAAAAAACUCAACCACAAAAACAUUGUGAAGCUCUUCGCCGUUGAGGAGGAGUCGAACACACGUCAUAAGGUGUUGGUGAUGGAGUAUUGUCCGUGUGGAAGUCUCUACACGGUUCUCGAGGAGCCGACAAACGCUUACGGACUCCCAGAGGACGAGUUCCUCAUCGUUCUGCAGGAUGUCGUGGCAGGAAUGAAUCAUCUGAGAGAGUACGGGAUCGUCCAUCGAGACAUCAAACCUGGGAACAUCAUGCGUGUGAUCGGUGAAGACGGACGAUCCGUCUACAAACUGACCGACUUCGGAGCCGCGCGUGAGCUGGAGGACGACGAGCAGUUCGUGUCGCUCUACGGCACGGAGGAGUAUCUGCAUCCUGACAUGUACGAGCGAGCCGUGCUGAGGAAAGACCACCAGAAGAAAUACGGAGCCACGGUGGAUCUGUGGAGCAUCGGAGUCACGUUUUAUCACGCCGCCACCGGCUGCCUGCCGUUUAAACCGUUCGAAGGGCCGCGCAAGAACAAAGAAGUCAUGUAUAAGAUCAUCACAGAGAAGCCGUCCGGCGCGAUCUCGGGCCAUCAGAAAUUUGAGAACGGGAAGAUCGAGUGGAGUUCAGAGAUGCCGAUCUCCUGCAGCCUCUCCAAGGGUCUACAGAGUCUCCUCACUCCAGUGCUGGCCAACAUCCUCGAGGCAGACCAGGAGAAAUGCUGGGGCUUCGACCAGUUCUUCGCUGAGACCAGUGAUAUCUUACACCGCAUCGUGGUCUACGUGUUCAGUCUGCAGCAGGCCACGCUCCAUCACAUCUACAUACACACAUACAACACGGCGAAUCUCUUUCAGGAGCUGCUCUUCAGACGGACCAACAUAACACCGUCUCAUCAGGACUUCCUGUAUGAGGGCCAACGCCUCGUCCUCGACCCAAACCGGCAGGCUCAGACCUUCCCCAAGACCUCCAGAGAGAAUCCCAUCAUGCUGCUGAGCAGAGACCCUGUCAACACCGUCGGCCUGCUGUUUGAGGACCCCAGCCCACCUAAAGUACAACCGCGCUAUGACCUGGAUCUGGACGCCAGCUACGCCAAGACAUUCGCAGGUGAUGUUGGAUAUCUGUGGAAGACGUCCGAUUCUUUGCUUCUGUACCAGGAGCUGGUGAGGAAAGGCGUCCGAGGCCUGAUCGAGCUGAUCAAAGACGAGUACAGUGAGACGGCACACAAGAAGACGGAGGUGAUUCACAUGUGUAACUACUGCAGCCAGACGCUGGAGCGAACCGAGCAGCUGUGUGACGCUCUGAUGCAGGGAAACCUCCUGUUGGUGGAGUAUGAUGAGAUCCGGGACACGAGGAAGAAGGUUCUGCGGCUGUCUGGGUCUCUGGGCUCCAUGGAGCAGAAGCUACAGGAAAUCAGCAGCAUGUUUCUGCCGGGAGGAAAUCUGACCGACACGUGGACACAGCAAGUGGGAACGCACCCGGAGGACAGGAAUGUGGAGAAGAUCAAGGUUCUGCUGGAGGCCAUCAGCAGCAUCUAUCAGCAGUUCAAGAAGGACAAGGCCGAGAGACGUUUGCCUUAUAAUGAAGAACAAAUCCACAAGUUUGACAAGCAAAAGCUGGUUUUACACGCCACCAAAGCGCGGGCGCUCUUCACAGACGAGUGUGCCAUGAAAUAUCGCCUCUUCAUCUCCAAGAGCGAGGAGUGGAUGAAGAAGUUCCAUCACGUGCGGAAACACCUCUUGACUCUGACUGGUCAGUUCAGCAGCAUGGAACAGGAAGUGACCGUGCUCAUGCAGCGUGUGUAUAAACUGCUGGAGCAGUUACCGCAGAAGAUUGUCCCGAUGACGUCUGGAGGAAUGAAACCGCAGGCGUACCUCAGUCCCAACACACUGGUGGAGAUGACGCUGGGGAUGAAGAAGCUGAAGGAGGAGAUGGAAGGAGUCGUGAAGGAGCUGGCGGAGAACAACCUGUUCCUGGAGAGGUUCGGGACGCUGACGGUGGACAUCAGAGCCGUGGAUCGAAUGUGACGCGCUCGCACAAACCACAAACUCUGUUAGCUGUACUGUACAUGUGAAUAGAAUGUAAAUACACAUCUUCAACUUGACUUAAUGCCAUUAUUUUAAUCCUGCGUUAAUUCUCUGAAUGUGAACAUUACACUAGAGUUGCUUUUAAGCCCAAAUAAGUGAUUUUAUUUCUGUUCUCCUCAUGAAAGUGAAGCAUAUCCAUCAUUAGAGCCGUAAGCAUGUGUGAAGUUCGAAAGCGCUCCUGCUCUUGUGUUGGUGAACGUUAGUGAACGUGUAAAGCAGAUGUGUUUUCCUUCAGUGUAAAUGAAAGCGCUUGCACUAUUUAUAGACAGUAAUGUUUGUUUCUUUAAAUGAGUAAAAAGAACCGCUGAGUUCUGAUAAAAC